CGGUCUCCUUCCUCCGAUGGGUGGCGCGAGGCUUGGAGGCCUUGCUGUCCCAGGGUGCUGUUCGCGGCGUGCACUUUGCCGUUCCGCUGGAGAGAGUGGGAGAGGGAGAGAGGGACGGUCUGUGCGAGAACUUCGCCAACGAGUCGCUGCGGGCUGCCGCCAAAACGGACAUGUUAGCGCCGAGGCCCUGAAGGCGGGACGCUGCUGAAAACGACGUUCGGCGAUCACUUUUCAGUUCCUCGCGCGCGGUAGCGUAGGCCGCCGACCGACAAACAUGGAGGCAGUGAACGCCUUCAAUCAGGAGCUCUUCUCAUUGAUGGAGAUGAAGCCUCCAAUUUCUCGUGCAAAGAUGAUUCUCAUCACUAAAGCUGCCAUUAAAGCUAUUAAGCUUUACAAACAUGUAGUCCAAAUUGUAGAGAAGUUUAUUAAAAAGUGUAAACCUGAAUAUAAAGUUCCUGGACUGUAUGUUAUUGACUCCAUUGUUCGCCAAUCUCGUCAUCAAUUUGGAACUGACAAGGAUGUUUUNGGGCCAAGAUUCUGUAAGAAUAUAACUGCCACAUUCCAGUAUUUAUAUCUCUGUCCAUCAGAAGAUAAGAGUAAGAUAGUUCGUGUCCUCAACCUAUGGCAGAAAAAUGGUGUGUUUAAAAUAGAAAUAAUUCAGCCACUUCUGGACAUGGCAGCAGGAGCUAGCAGUACAACCUCAGUGACAGAAGAUGCCACCAAUAAUGAAGGUUCACCACAAUCUGCUACAAUUCCAUCUGAACCACCACAGGCUGGUGCUAAUUCAGUAGAUCCUGUGCCACAGCUGCCUAGUUCUGAUGCAUUUGCUGCGGUUGCUCAGUUGUUUCAAACAACACAAGGACAGCAACUCCAACAGAUUCUCCAGACUUUUCAGCAACCUCCCAAACCUCAGUCUCCAGUAAUAGAUAAUAAUGUAAUGGCUCAGGUUCAAGCUAUCACAGCUCAGCUGCAGACCACGACAACACAGCCAUCAGAACAAAAGCAUGAUUUCCAAAUACCAGAACAAAAAACAUCUUUUGAUAAGAAGCUGUUGGAUCGCUUUGACUAUGAUGAUGAACCAGAAGCAGUAGAAGAUACAAAAAAAGAAGAGGCCACACCUUCUCCUUCACUCUCUCAACCAACAUUUGGAUUUCCAGGUGAAGGCUUACAACAACCAGUUUAUCCUCAGCUUCCAAAUAUAGAUCAGUUUCAGCAGAGAAUGCUGGGAAUGCAACAGGAUGCAAUGCUUCACCAGGUCCCCCUCCCUCCAAAUGGACAGAUGCCUAGCUAUGGACUUCUGCCUACACCACAGUUUACACCUAUAGGUCAACAAGUUAUACAGUCUUCACCUCAGGUGCAGCAGCCUUUUCAGUCUUCUUUUCCAGCACAAAGUGAAUCACAUUUACAGAAAGCACAUCAGCAGGAACUGGAAGUGGAUCAACAUCCAACUCAGGAAGGAAAAAGACACGAGAACAGAAAGUCGAGAUCUAGAUCAGCAUCAAGAUCACCCAAGAGAAGAAGAUCACGAUCUGGUUCUCGAACUCGAAGAUCACGGCAUCGUCGUUCUCGUUCUCGAUCCCGGGACAAGCGCCGUCAUUCUCCUAGGUCACGGUCCCAGGAAAGACGUGAGAGGGAGAGAGAGAGAGAACGCAGAGUAAAAGGACUUCCUCCAAUCAAACCAGAAACCGUUAGUGUUUGCAGUACAACCCUUUGGGUAGGCCAACUAGACAAACGAACAACACAGCAGGAUGUUGGAGGUCUCCUGGAAGAGUUUGGUCUAAUUGAAUCUAUAAAUAUGAUCCCCCCAAGAGGAUGUGCUUAUAUUAUAAUGGUACAGAGACAAGAUGCAAACCGUGCCCUGCAGAAACUGAGUCGUGGUAACUUUAAAGUCAAUCAGAAAUCUAUAAAGAUUGCUUGGGCUUUAAAUAAAGGAAUUAAGCCAGAUUAUAAGCAGUAUUGGGAUGUAGAAUUAGGUGUUACCUACAUACCAUGGGGUAAAGUUAAACCUGAAGAUUUGGAAAGUUUUUGUGAAGGAGGAAUGCUGGACAAUGAUACACUUAGUCCUGAAUGGAAAGGAAUUCCAAAAAAAUCAGAAAACCAGUUAGCCCAGAAUGGAGGAGCUGGAAGUGGUGAUACUGCACAUAAUGAACAAACGUCACCUGUAGCUAAAGCCUUGCCAAUCCAAAUGCCUAUACCUAUACCUACACCAAUAACAGUACCACCACCACAGGUACCACCACAUCAACCAGGUCCUCCAAUGGUUGGUACCCUUCAGCCUCCUACAUUUACUCCUCCAUUAGGAAUUCCACCUCCUGGAUUUGGUCCUGGAGUUCCUCCUCCACCACCACCACCAUUUAUGCGACCAGGCUUCAAUCCAAUGCAUUUACCACCAGGUUUUCUUCCUCCUGGACCACCACCUCCCAUUAAUCCAUCGGUUUCAGUUCCUCCAGUUUCUGCCCCUCCUUCUGGAGGAGUAAAUAUCCCAAAUUCUACUGUGGCCACUAUAAAUGAAGACACUACCAAAGACUCUUCUAUAGGGAACCCUAUUCCAACAGUAGUUUCUGGAGCUAGAGGAAAUGGUGAAAAUGCAGAAGGCUCCAAAGGAUAUCCAAAUGCUCCGCCACCUGUCACUUCUGCUAGUAUAUCAGCUUCUGUAUCCCAACCAGUCCCACUUCUUGGUACUCAAGGAGUUACAUCUAGUCCAGUGAUUGGGCUUCAGGCACCUUCUACUGGCCUUUUAGGUGCCCGACCCGGUUUGAUACCACUUCAGAGACCUCCAGGAAUGCCACCACCUCAUCUGCAACGGUUUCCAAUGAUGCCACCUCGGCAUAUGCCUCCUCAUAUGAUGCACAGAGGUCCGCCUCCAGGGCCAGGUGGUUUUGGAAUGCCUCCACCUCAUGGGAUGAAGGGCCCUUUCCCACCCCCAGGCCACUUUGCAAGGCCCAGUGGAAUGCCUGGAGGUGGUCCAGGAGGAUCUGAGGAUAAUAGAGAUGGAAGGCAGUUCAGGAAUGAUAGGCCACCAUUUACUCCACAUAGAGACCAGGAAAGGUUCGGAAGGAGGUCUUUUGGGAAUCGGAUAGAAAAUGAACGUGAACGCUAUGGCAACCGUAAUGAUGAAAGAGAGCAUGAACGCCUUGGUAAUCGAGAAAGGAGAGAAUGGGGAAGAAGAAGCCCUGAACGUGAUAGACACAGAGACUUGGAGGAAAGAAAUCGGCGUUUCAGUGGACACAGAGAGAGAGAUUCUAGAGAUAGGGAACCCCAUAGAGAAAAAGAUGAAAAUCGAGGAAAGGAGAAACCCGAGUUGACAGACAGAGUAGAUGGGGUCAAAAACUAUGAAUCUCAGAGCAGUAAAGUAGAAAACACAGACUCUGUUUCAGAACUUAAUAAAGAGUCUGAACCUAUUGGUGUGAAGCCAACUGAAGAAGUAGCAUCUGAGUCUACCUCAUCUCUUGAAAAACCUACUGGCUCAGUUGCGGAGGCUCCUCGCUAGAGACUGGAAUUUGUCAAAAAAUACAUCGGAGUGUAGAGCUUUAGAAUUGUACAGUAUGCUGUAUAUUUGCUUUUGCUAUAUCACAAUUCUCCCCAUAGUUUAUGGGGACAUGUAAGCAAUUUGAUUGCUUCCCUUCUAUUUAAAAUAGCCACACAAUAACAUGAAAACAAAUAAACCAUUACCCAUUUUCUGCUGUAACUUUUUUAAAGUUUUCACUUUAAAAAGUUUACAAAUCAGACUUAGAAGUGCUUUCUAUUUUUUUUUAAUUUAAGUGAAGGUAAAAUGGUGAAAGCUCCUAAAAAUAGGGAUGUGUUUUUAAUAAACUCUAUUUUCAUAACAA